AUGGAGAUUUUCUCAUUAUCGCCAUUGUUGUUGUUGUCGGUCACUGGACUCACCUGCUAUUUCCUCUGGUUUGCCUUCUUGUCCAAGAGUCUCAAGGGCCCAUGUGUCUGGCCCCUAUUGGGCAGUCUCCCAGGCCUGAUCGAGAACGCCGACCGCCUCCACGACUGGAUCGCCGAUAACCUCCGCGCCUGUGGCGGGACGUACCAGACGUGCAUUUGCGCCCUGCCCUUCUUGGCCCGGAGGCAGGGCCUGGUCACCGUCACAUGCGACCCCAAGAAUCUGGAGCAUAUACUCAAAACCCGGUUCCAGAAUUACCCCAAGGGCCCGACUUGGCAAUCGGUGUUCCGUGACCUCCUUGGCCAUGGCAUCUUCAACUCUGACGGCGACACGUGGCUGCUCCAGAGGAAGACGGCUGCUCUCGAGUUCACGACUCGCACGCUGCGCCAGGCCAUGGCUCGCUGGGUCAACCGCGCCAUUUACACUCGCCUCUGCCCCAUUCUCAAGGCGGCUCAGCUCGAGGCGCGCCCUGUCGAUCUCCAGGACCUCUUGCUCAGGCUUACCUUCGACAACGUGUGCGGCUUGGCUUUUGGCAAGGACCCCCAGACCCUGGCUCCGAGCCUGCCGGAGAACGCCUUCGCCUUGGCUUUCGACCGAGCCACCGAGGCUUCACUGCGGCGCUUCAUUCUCCCGGAAGUCGUGUGGAAGCUCAAGAAAUGGCUUCGGCUUGGUAUGGAGGUCGGCUUGGCCCAAAAUCUGGUCGAGAUUGAGGAGUACUUGUCCGGCGUGAUACGCGCGCGUAAGCUAGAGCAGGAGCAGGAAGACGGCAAUAACAACGCCGAUUUGCUGUCCAGAUUCAUGAAGAAGGAAUCCAGCUCCAACAAAUCCUUGCAGCACGUGGCGCUGAAUUUCAUCCUGGCCGGACGGGAUACCUCCUCCGUCGCGCUCAGCUGGUUCUUCUGGCUGCUGAUGCAGAAUCCGAGGGUGGAAAUGGCGAUUCUAACCGAGAUAUGUACGGCCCUGAUCGAGACACGUGGCCCCGACGUGGCGGUGGAUUCGUGGUUGGAUGAGCCAUUGUCCUUUGACGAAGCCGACCGCUUGGUGUACCUAAAAGCUGCCUUGUCGGAGACGCUCAGGCUUUACCCUCCGGUGCCGGAGGACUCCAAGCAUGUGGUGGCUGACGACGUUUUGCCGGACGGAACGUUUGUGCCGGCGGGAUCGUCGGUCACGUACUCGAUAUAUUCGGUGGGUAGAAUGGAGUCGGCGUGGGGAGAGGACUGUCUGGAGUUCAAGCCGGAGAGGUGGUUAUCCGCCGGCGGGGAUAAGUUCGUUACGCACAGUGCUUACAAGUUCAUGGCGUUCAACGCGGGGCCGCGGAUUUGCCUGGGGAAGGAACUCGCGUACCUGCAAAUGAAGUCGGUAGCUGCGGCGGUGCUCCUGCGCCACCAGCUGACGGCGGCGCCGGGGCAUAAGGUGGAGCAAAAGAUGUCGUUGACGCUGUUCAUGAAGAAUGGGCUGAAGGUUAAUGUCCAGCCUAGGAGGAAUUUAAGUUCAAUUGUGGCAAGUAUAGUGAGCAAGAAAGAAUCUUGUGACAAAAUUUGAAGAUUCCGGCGAGGGUUGUAGUAGCCUAGCUGGGAGACGAGCGAAUUGCGUCAAUCUUAUUUUUUUUAUUAUUAUUUCUUAAAUUCAAUUUUAAUGUAGACGAUUUUCAGCUAUUAUCAUUUUAAUUCAUUAGUUAAUAAAUUUGUUCUCA